AUGUAUUUACAGAAAAAAGAAUAUAUACUUAAAAUGGUAUGUGGCCAUUUCAUUGUCUACAUUUCUCUGCAGCAUUUCGUAUAUAUGUUUGAUUUGUUGGAUAUUGCCACGGCUGGUAGGAAUUCAGCCAGUACUGGAAAAGAGUGAGAACAGCCUUUGCUACGUCUCCAAGUGAAAGAUGUGCACUUUUAGCCAGGCUUUCUAAAUGCUUAAGGUGCCAGUCCUUAGCUGGAUUAAGAUGAAGGAGCUGAGGGAAAAUAUGGACAUGGUGGCAGCUUUGGGAUCAAGAAAUAAGAGGUAAAAGGAAACACAUAAGACUGUUACCCAGAGUAGACCCACUGAAACGAAUGAACUUAAGCCAAUUGAUUUCAAUGGGUAUACUCCAAUGUUGGGCAUCGCCUAUAUUGUUGGUUGUGCAUUAAUGGCGGGGUGAGAUGGGAUACAAAAUAAGGAUGCAGACAAAUUAUCCGUUGUGCGGAGAACUCUUAUGCGCCAUAGCAGCUGCAGAGCUGGGUCUGCCAUGCUCUUUCUUACGAGAUAGGGGACUAUUUGCCACAGGGGAGCAUGAACUACAUUCAGAAUAGGAGUUCUUUAUUUUGACUGCUGUUUCGUUCAGGACAAGUUUUUAGCAAACAUUAAGUGGGAGACGGGAGACUACACCUAAUAAACACAUGAUGAUGGUGCAAAGCUUGAAUGCAUUAGAACAGAGUGCCCUGAGAAUUGAAGUUGCUUUUUAAAAAAUAUUAAUAAUAAUAGCAGCUUUUUCUAGAGCUUGCUUUGAUGGGUCAGAAAUUCUUGCUCAUUACCACAGCUGUUGUCUAAGCGUUUGAUUUAUUUCCUCAUGUUUCUCUGUCAUAGAUGCAGCAUUGCUGCAGAUGUGCAACUGAGCCAUUGCCGAUUAAUAACCCAGAUGGAAUGUUCCUGUCAUCCAAAAUAAACUUUUAACAUAAUACAUUUAACUGUAAACAAGUAACGAGAGACCAAACAAUUAACAAGAGACCGAAGUUCAUGUAUAUAUGAACUAACGGGAAGCUUUAUGCUGAUCAGAAUGUUUUGUUGACCUCUGUUUGUGCCCUCUGUUCUUACACACUUCCUCCAGCAUCUGCAUGACUGUCACUGGCCAGUGGUCAGCGAUGGUUGGAUUUGAAGUUCCAUGACUCCUGGAUGGCUGCAAGAUUCCCAUCCCUGUCUUAAGCCACGCUGUAUACAGUGGAACCUCAGUUUUCGAACGUGAUCCGUUCCGGGAGACCGUUAAGACUUCCAAAACGUUCAAAAACCGAAAACUCAAUGCAAAAGAGUCAAUACAACAGGGAAACUCAAAACGGAAGCGGCCUUGGAAGUUCGACUUCCGAGGCUCGUACAGAAGCAUUUACUUCCGGGUUUUGGAUGUUCUGAAAUGUUUGUCAACAGAGACUUUCGAAACCCGAGGUUCCGCUGUAUUGUCUUAGGGUUGUGAUGCCGAGAUUUUUAUUAAAAGUCUAAAAGGCCUUACCACCAGUUUUUCAUUGAACUUAAGCUACUUCAAAAAAUUGUGCCUAAAUUUUAAACCACUUGAAUCAGCUGAUCACUGCUGGCUUUUCUCUUUUUUAGAUUUCAAUGGCUGUGGGCCCCUUAGGAAUCACAACAACUGGGAAAAAGCUGUUUUAAAACAGAUUCUUUUGUACUGUUCCCAUUUUGGAAAUCUAUGCCCUCAUGUGCUUCAGAGAACAGAGCUUUAAGAACAGAACAGAGAGAAGCUACUACAUUUCAGAGGACUGUUGUUAAUGUACAGCACAUUCCAGGUAUUUUUUAAGCAAAGGUGGUGAUACAUAGGUAACCCAUUUUUACUUGGGCGCAUGGAAGUAUUACCAAUCCCCUCAUCGUCUAACCACUUAAAAUCAGAUGUAGUACUUUGUACACAAGACUGUUUUCAGAAGAACUUAGAGAUCUAGCAAAAGACACCUAAUUCUCAGCAGCCUUUCUGUGAUUUGGUUAUAAACAUCCGCUUCACAAAUAUUUUACUCAUUCAUAGGUGUUUGCUCUUGUUAACGAAGUGAUCAUUCCAAACUGCAAAACAAUAGUAAAUGAAAGGGCCACCUUAAAAUGCAUAGAUAUACCCCCCCCCCCGAUUUUAGCUACUCACUUUCUCAUCUCUUUAAUCCAUUCUUUCCAGAAUUUCCCUAGUAACUUUUAAUUAAUUAUAUUAUUGCACAGCAGCUAAUGACAGAUGCUUGAGCAUAGCUGAGGAUAUAUUGUCAGUAUAGAAACAAUGAUAAAACUGGUGCAUAGGAAUGAGACCUACUUUCUAUAUUGUAGUUGCAGAUAGAAUGAACAACAAAAUGCAUUUGCACUGACAUUUUAAAUUGGUAAUUCCUCUACCACGGCAUUCAAAUCCAUGAUAGUGCAUACGGACCUUGGAAAUGCUGACCUCAGCUGUAGCAAAUAACUUUUUAUUUUAUUUUACAUCAAUAAAAUGUCAGCAUAAGAGAUGUAAUAACCGUUCUGAAUGCUUGCUACUUUUGGCGGAACUCUUUAACUUUUAUCACCUUGCUAGGGAAAAGUCGCAUUUAGCUAUUACUUUAAAAUAUCCUUUGGUAAUGUAUCACCAAAUAUAUUUUAUAUAUCAUAUAUACUCAGACUUACCCUCCAAGAUAUUAUUACAAUACUGGGAUAAUAUUAAGCCCUUAUACUCUUUCCCCACUUUUAUGAUUUUAACAGGCAGUUUCUAGUGGCGACUUGUCAGCCGCAGCAGGGUGCUAAAUGGAGAAAUGUGACAGCUCCUUCCCUAGAUAGGAGCUUAACAGAGCAGUGUGAGAUCCAGCAACCUUUAUCAACAAUGACGCUAGCCAGCAGAAAGGGACAAAAGGUAAUAAAAGUAUGUGCUAUUUCUUCUUCAUUUUUUGGAUGGGCUGAUGUACCACAUUCAGUUUUCAUCUUGCAGUAGUCUGCACAACAUAUUUCGAGAAAUCAUGAAUGUUCAGUAUUAAAGGGAGUGGGUAGGUACACAAAACAUCAUGUAACUGGUAACAUUUUCUGGACUUGCAGGGGUGCACUGCACCACAGAAUAAUGGUAAAAUCCUGUACAGUCGUGCACUAAGAGGUUUUCUGAUUGCCCUGCCUUUUUCCCUGGGAAAAUUCACUAUUUAGCGCUGAAUUGUCAAUCGCUGGAAAACCCGAUGAAUUUUACUCCAUUUCAGAGGAAAGACUGGGUGGGGGUGGGAAGUGGCAAGACAAGCAAAAGUCUGCACAAGUCCUAGGUUAGGAAGAGUGAAUUUAGUUAGGAUCAAAACUGACAUGGGUGAAGAACGAGGUCCAGUGAUUUCCCUUUCUGUUAGGUGACAAAAUGGAGCAAAACAAACACAGCUAAAAGGAAGACAAGUACAAUGAAGAAAUCUAUUGGGAAUAUUAAUGAGAAGUCUGCAGCUUCUAUUGAUGUCUUUUUAACUGCACAGUAUUGUACUCAGUCCAAACAUUGAGGUCUGACAUCAGCUGCUCUGUAAAGUGGAUUAAAGCUGAUCCGUUUUCAAUUUAAACUCUUCUCUCAGAUCCACACAGUAGCAGGGCCUAACUCACACUAGAGCUCAAAACUGAAGUAGUAGCUCACCUUAAUACAUGUGAAACCUUAGGAAGUGGAAUAAAGAUGAAUGCGGAAGGUAUGCAUUUCCAAGGCCAGUGGCAGGGUUUAGGUUUAAUGUUGGGGAUUGGUAAAGAAUCUCCUUCCUUCUGCCUCUUACUGUUAUAUUUUUGUGACUUACUUGACCAAUGCAGUGUAACUUUUAUAGCCAUGUAAUGUUUUGAGCUGGCUUAGGAGACUGUGUAGGGUUUCUGGGUAACAGAGCAAUGCUUUCUCUUGCCUUGAGAAAACAAGAUUUUCACCAGUAAAGGAAGAUAAUACUGCUGAAUCCCAGGGUGCCAGGAAGCUAAUGCUAGAAAACAUUCCCUUGUUAGGUUCUGAACCGGCAGCCAAUACUCAGCAAAGCACUUAAACAUGCGCUUGAAGUCAGUAUGAUGAAAUGGAAACUUCAAGCUUGUGUUCAUGUAAAUUACAUUGCAGGAAAGUUGUCUCAAUGGUUUUUUCCCUGUAAUAUAACUUAAUCAACAGUUACAACAUGAUUCUAAAUAGCUUUAUGCAGAAGUAAAUCCUACUGAUUAAGUUUCUCCUGGUACAUAGGAUUAGGACUGCAGCCUUAGACUACGGUGCACUCAAGUUACAUUAUCCAGAUUAGGCUCUCUGGGAGUUGCAAAGAUCUCAGCCUCAUACAUCAGUAUUAACUGAACUCAAAGGACUAGUUACGAACUGUGAACAGAUUUGUUUUUCCUAACCCUCUCCUGAGAGUCAGUGUCAGCACAACCAACCUUAUUUUUCAUUCACAAAAAUGAAUGAAAAUACCACCUUCGGUCACCAGUCUGUGCUGCACAAACUGAGAUGUAUAAAGGCUAGGACUAUCGUUCUGACCCAAACUCAGGUCCAACAAGGGGCUGUUGGCUUGUAAAGUGAGAAGUUGAAAUAACUCUAUUCCUGGUGCCUAAGGACCAAACUAGAUGGGAUACCUAUUUGUUUAAACCAGAGACUGCCUCACUCACACAUAAAAUCAGGGUAAGAGGCCCACAUUUUAAGGAUAAAAUGGAGGGGAGGCCUACCUGCAGCAUAUCCCCAUACAGCCUGCCCUAUCCCCAGCUCUUUUACCCUCAGUUGAGCUCUGAGGAAUAUGUUUGGCUAGGUGAAAAGUGAUGUGGGGAGAUGAUCCCCUUUUGCACUCCCCUUUUCUCUAAAAAUAGGGUCUUGCGUAGCUCACCUUCUAGGUGACAGGGGCAAAAAAGUCAUUUGAUUGAUUAGUGGCAUAAUGUAUCUAACAAAAUACAUGCUUGACAAAAAUGUACCACUUUUGCCUUACAGAUACUUAGAUGAAAACCAAUACAGAUCAACACUUUCCUUCUAUUUUACUAAAUGUUUAGCCUUUCCCCACCAGACCUCUCAUUCUAGCUCAUUUGGGUUUCAUCUUGUAUGUAAGUUGGCAGUUUUGGGCUCAAUCCAAAUCUAACCAAAGUUAAGCAUGUUUAAGUCCCAAUGAUUGCAAAGGAAGAGAUACCGCCCCCAGUAGAAGAGACAUUUGUUUUCCAGUUUGAACAUAAAAAAAUGUUACCCAUUUGAAGCGCACCAGAUUUCACUCCAUGGCAGGGGGUGCAGAUACAGGUUCAAAAUGACUGUGGUUUUACCAUUGGCAUUUUAAUUCCCCACACUAUGAGUCCCCCUCUUUUUUUUGUUUGGUUACAAAAGCUGGUCUAAUUUUUACCCAGGAACUGCAACCAACUUACCUUGCAGGGCGUUCUUCUGUAUAAACCACACUGGAAUAAAUAGGAGUUGGUCAAAAGGACUGAUAUAUAGUUCCCAUUUAUUUCAAAGUUGGUUGCAUAGGAGGACUUCCCUGCUGGAUUAUGGCGCAUUUACUUUUUGUGACCAAGCAAGCCUGAACUUGUGUUUCAAAGAAACACGAUUACAAAGGUUCAGGGAGAUUCUUGGCUGAUUAUAUUAAACUUAAAGCCCACAGUAUUUCUGUCAAAUAUUUAAUAUAGCGUUACGUCUUUUGGUAUUGACCUGUCGUAAACAAUGGCAUAACUUUUGGAUCUACCAUUUCCUUCUAGGCUCCCAAAGCAAACCGUGGUCCUGUGAGAGAGCAGACAAAACCCAACUCAUAUAAGGUAAGGAAAUAA